AUGGGUGACACAGGCGGGAGCCUGUUGAAAGAGCUUGAAAAGGAAUAUUGUCCUCCUCUGGAUUCAGCUUUGUUUACAGCUAUCGUUUCCGACUAUGACCUGGAAAACUCCGCAGAGGUCCAGCAACUCCGCGACACCCUGGACACUCUGAAACUAUCAGCAUGGGAACAGGAAGAUCUACCUUUCGAUCCAUCUGGAACCAGCGGACUGAGUCCUGGCACAAGCGGUGAUGCAGAUGGCAUCCGCUCAGAGCGUAGCGGCUCGCAAAACGGCACUGCCCCAUCGCGCGAAACAGAUCUCACCAGUCUCGCGUCCGACUUCUCCUCCGUGGGCCUGGAUGACAAGCGCACGAGGAGUCGGGGUAAGAGCAAUUCUUUGCGCUACACGAUCGGCCCUGACGGGUCGCUGUCACUGUCUGGCGCUUCUGAGGACGACAAAGUUGGUUAUCUGACGGAGAUGUUCCCCUCCGUAGAUCGCUUUACCGUGCAGCAUUCGCUUAGGAAGUCUGCCGGUGAUAUUGAUCGCGCCAUGGAUGUGCUCUUGAACAUUGCUUUCUUUGAUGAGCGGCCUGCAGCCGAAGACGGAACCAAACUUGCCAUUCCAAAGGGCAUCGAUGGCUUCGGCGAGUGUUCCAAUGGAGACACCGGGCGAAAGAAGAAUCGCAAGCGCAGGGGAAAGAACAAGAAUAACCCGGUUCAGGAACUCUCUUCUCCACCAGCCUCAGGAUACAUGCAGGAUGAGAGUCCCCCCCUGAACAAAUGGGAUGCUGGUCAGAAGGAUGUCGAGUUCAUCUGUUCGAGGACUUUGCCUAUCCUGAAGAAGGAGACUGUCACUUCAGCUUAUCAUGCUAACGGGGCCUCACUGCCAUUAACGAUCCGAUCUCUUGCGAUGGCACACGCACCUGAGGCAGAACAUAUCAAUGGACACCCCGUAAUGGUUGCACAAGUUGCAGAAUUGGCGCAAGAAUUUCCGUCUGUUGCGCCAACACUACUCGGUGGGCUACUGAAAAUUACUCGCAACUCAACUUCUGCCGCCGGUGAGCUGGCAGUCGCCAUGCUUACCCACCCAGCGCCCAGUUCUGUGUCUGACUUGAUCAAAAUCACUACUGCGCCUCCACCCUUGGACCUCGAUGAUGAUGAGCCCAAGAGGCCCUCUGUGGGGUCGCGAGUCCUUCGUGAUUACGACACUGCUCGAGUUACCGCUGGCGACCACUUUGUGGCCAGUGCAGAGGCCUUUCACAAAGCCACGGCAGCUUACCGUCGCGGAAAAUCAGAUAAAUUAAUGGGUGGAGCAGCUGCUUACUACUCCUUGGUGGGACGAGAUCACCUCGAGCGGGCAAAGCGGGAGGCUGCCGCUGCGGCUGAUGCUCUAGUCGAUUCGCAGUCAACUUCGAAUUCAUUGGAUCUGCACGGUGUCUCGGUCCAGGAUGCCGUUCGCAUCGCCAGUUCGCGCGUCGCCGAAUGGUGGGACUCUCUUGGCGAUGCCAAAUACAUGCGCGGCGGCCAGGCAGCGCGAUCAGGCUUUCGCAUUGUCACCGGUGUCGGACGCCACAGUCAUGAUGGCACGUCUCGCUUGGGGCCGGCUGUUGCCCUCAAAGCUGCACCCGCCAUUCCAUUUCUCGGCUCAUUCUUCGGCUCAAGCGCCAAAGCUGAGAAUUCCAACAUGUCCUACCCCGACCAGCGCAGUGAGGCGGAAUGGCGGGCAGUCCUGUCCCCAGAACAGUUCCGCAUCCUGCGCGAAAAAGGCACAGAGGCCCCUUACACAGGCGAAUACGACUCCCAGUACCCGUCCAAGGGCGUCUUCACUUGCGCCGGGUGCAACGCCCCGCUCUACAAGGCCUCGCAUAAAUUCAAGUCCGGGUGCGGCUGGCCUGCGUACUUUGACUCGAUCCCCGGUGCGGUGACCAGACAUACGGAUCGCUCGUUUGGGAUGGAGCGGACGGAGAUUGUGUGUAGUAACUGCGGGGGUCAUUUGGGUCAUGUCUUCAAGGGAGAGGGGUAUGCUACGCCGACAGAUGAGAGGCAUUGUGUGAACAGUAUUAGUUUGAAGUUUACAGAGGACGAGGAGGCAGUGAAGUCGAAGGCUUGA